ACACUGCUAUAGAAUACCAAUAUUGGAUAAAAAGUACCACACAUUUAAAAAUGUACAAGUACAUUGAUAACAAUACCACACCGUUACGCUGAUAACGUUACCACUUCAUCGAUAACAUUACCAUUACACUGAUAACAUUACCACUCCAUCGAUUACAUUACCAAUACACUGAUAAUGAUACCACCCAUCAAUAACAUUCCUGUACACGGAAAACGUUACCACUCCAUCGAUAACAUUGCCAGUACAGUGAUAACAUUACUAGUACCACUUUAUAGAUAACACUAUUACUAUACUGGUAACGUUAUCACUCCAUCGACAACAUUACCAAUACAUUGAUAACAAUACCACACCGCUACGCUGAUAACGUUACCACUUCAUCGAUAACAUUACCAUUACACUGAUAACAUUACCACUCCAUCGAUUACAUUACCAAUACACUGAUAAUGAUACCACCCAUCAAUAACAUUACCUGUACUCGGAAAACAUUACCACUUCAUCGAUAACAUUGCCAGUACACUAAUAACGUUACUAGUACCACUUCAUCGAUAACACUAUUACUAUACUGGUAACAUUAUCACUCCAUCGACAACAUUACCAAUACACUAAUAGCCUUACCACACGAAAAAAGACAUAUAUGGGUUGGGGGGAGAGAGAUACUCACAUGGUGGUGGUAGAGGAGGGCGACGACAAGAUGAGGAUGGUGGGAGAGAGGAGGGUGACGGCCGACGAGAGAGAGAAGGACAACGACAAGAGGACGAGAACGACCGGAGGGAGGGGUCCAACGGUCGAAGGAGGGUGGCGGCAUGAUGAGGACGACGAGAAAGAGGGGUCCGCAUCGGGAGGGAGGCAACAAGAGGAAGGCGGCGACCUACGGUGGGGUUCUCGGCAAGGAGGGAGUAAGAGAGGAAGAAGAAGAGUUUGUUAGAGUUAGAGGAUAUAUAUAUAUGGGUAACACUCGUAUGCUCCAGACACAUAGCAUGCUCCAUGUUUUAUACACCGUUGAUCUAAUCUAACGUUUUAUUAUUAUUUUUUAUUAAAUUAAUUAUUAAUUUACAAUUAUAAUUACUAGCUACAUCCAAAAAAUAAUUAUACUUGUAUUAUAGUCCCCCAAUAAUUUUUACCAUUACAUUAUAUAUUAACGUACCCUUAGUUUUUCUGAAUGUAGUUUUAAGCAUCAGAUUUUACAUCGAUGAUCAUCCUUUCUCAUCUAAAUUUGUUUAAUUGCUUCCUCUAUUGAAUUUUCACUCUUCUCCAACUACCUAAAUUUUGCCAUCUCUUCAUCGUCUUUCACUCUUCCUCUUUUUCCAAUCCCUUAAGUCCCCCUCAACCCCAAACUUCCAGUGCAUCGCAUCUAUGGCGGCCAAUCAUGAAAUCCUUCCCACAACUCCAAACCUUCACAAUCUACCGCCGAGGAAUGUUGUCUUGUGCAAUCUGUCACUCUCUCCGGAAAAGGAACUCGAUUGAUUUGUGAUUGUUUUCUGCCCGCAACUGAAGGGAGAGCGAGGGAUAAUAGCGGUAUGCAGUAGUGGAGCAAUAGGUAUUUUGAUCGGGGAGUGAAAAAAUCGAUGGUGAUUGCGGGGCGGGGUGACAGAAGAGAAAGGGGAAGACGAGAUUGCAGAUGGAUAGUGAAAGUCUUAGCUGCCGCCAGCCUUAUCUCCAUUCCGAGCAAUUUAUUCAUUGUUCUCUUUAACCAAUGCAUUUAUUUUAUUUGGGAAUUUGACUUAUUCAGUGCUCUACUACUGCAAUUUGGCAUACUGUCUAUGGUUCUGUCAGAAGCUGCAUUAAGAGAAGCAAUCUUGGAACCUUUAGUUCAAACCCGUGAACAGAAUAAAAUUGUUAAGAACUCCCAACUGCUUAAGGUUAUUAUUCAUGGGACAAGUACAAUAACUUACACACAGCGUCUCAAUGUUCAUUGCUUUACAGUCCAACCCUCUUCAUCUUUUUUUCAAAAGUGGCUCAAUGCUCUAUAUUAUUCUGGAUCCUCCGCGCUGCUAACACAUUGUAUCUAUUAAACCAUUCCAAGCAUGAUUUUGUUUGUUUUAUUCACUUUAUUCCAUCGUAUCUAUUGAAUCAUGAUAAGCAUGAUUUUCGUUACAGAGUGCAAAGAUUUCAUCAAUGCACUGGUUACCUACCUUCGAUCUUUAUAUCUAUAGGGUUCUGCCUUAGAGACAUCAUAACAAAACUAUUGAUUUUACGCCUAGCAAAUUGAAUGAUGUUUUUGGAGAGAUAAUACCAAGGAAACACAGUUGAGUAAGAUCAGACGGAAUUGACCCGCCGUGGAAUUCCUUAAAGAACAUAGUUGAGUAACCCUUCUUCGACAUUAUCUCAAUCAUUCAAUCACUGUUACUCACUUUGCUGCUGCUUUCUUCUACCCCUUCUCCGAUCCCCCAAUCGUAAUUAAUCUUGUUGGCGCUCUAGAGGGCUCAAUUUUACCCGCUCCCUUAACUGCGAGCAGAAGCAAACAAAAAUCGAUUGAUAUCCGGUGCCUGAUAGAACAUCGACAUAUGGGCCCGACAGUGAACGACCUUCUUCUUCUUCGACGUCUCCGACAACCAUCUUAUCCUACACCUGCAGCAGCAAGCGACGAUGAGUCCCGUCAGCGACGGUCGCACCGCUGGAUUUAGGGCUGGAGGGCAGGGAUGGAACGGCGGCAACGAAGGAAAGAUGGGAUGAAAUAUUGGACGUUUCUGGGGAGUACUUUUUAUAUUUUAGGGAAGAUGAUUCUGUGAAGUUAACUGCCAUUCAUUUGCAUGAGUAUAUAAUUUGUUUUGGUUGGAGUUUAAUUAUAUAAAAAAUUAAACACAUCUUCAUAGACAACAAUCGAAAAUGUGGGUGCUUGAAAAAAUGAUUAAAAGAAUUAGGUAUUAUAAACAAAAUAUAAUGGUAAAAUAUUU